CAUCAACCUACUAUCCUUAUUACCGAAGACUGAAGACUAUUCAAGGUCGUUGCAAUAAAAAAGCGGGCGACCUUGGGUGGGCACGGAUUUUUUUCCAGUGCCGUUCACGUACAUGUCCUAUAGACAUGCAAAGUGCGUCCAUGUUUCGUUUUGAAUAACUUUGCAAUUGGUUUUUCUCAAGAAUUUUCACCUGAUGCACUCUACACAGUUUCUCAUUUGAGUCAGUAAACAGAAGACGGAAAGCCAUUUUAAUAAGUACCAAAUAGUAUAACGUCACGGUGGCAAUUUUUAACAUGAUUGGAAUAUAUACUUCAAUUUUAACUAUUUUGACCUACAUGCUAGCCUAUUAACUUCCGAAUCGCUCAGUGAUGUGUCUAUUCACUAGCAAGGCUUGCAAAUAAAUUUAGCUACCUUAGAUUGUCAACAUGAACUUGAAAAUCUGCGUUCCAACUUAGCAACAGCCAAUAGUCUUAUAGCUGAAUUAGAAACGAAACUUAGUGAUUUACGUAUGAAAUAUGAUACUGACUGUUGUAAAUAUGAAGAGAAGAUACAAAUCUUAACAGAACGGCAUGAAAGAUUAAUCUCAAGUCAUCAACGAUUAAGUAAACUUAAUCAUGAAUUAGAAGAGAGACUAUUAGAUACUAUUGAAAAGUCUGGUACAGAGAUUCAACAAUUAACUGAAGAAUUGGAAUCAACUAAACACUCUUUAAGAACAGCACAACAGACAUUAAAUUCUAUCGUAGAGGAAAGGGAUCGUUGUAAAGAAGAUUGUAUUUCUGCUGUCAAAUUGCUUCAGGAAAACCCAAAUCAAUUCAUAUCUGAAUUGCCACCAAUUGAAUCCCCACCACCCGAUAAAAUUCAUAUAUUAACAAAUCUUAGCAACGGAGAUUGCUCACAUGGUGCACAUAACUCACCGUUCUCCAGUUCUGCUUCUAUCUUUUCAACAUUUUUACCGACAUUUCCACCUGUUGGACUUUUUACUGGUAUACAGAUGGAGAAUAAUUUGCAAGUAUCACAAAAAAGUUCUUCGAAUAAUACCUAUGGUCGUAACAUUAAUUCGUUGACUAAAACAACAGUAGUCACAUCUGUUAACUGUACAUCCUCAUGCAAAUCUAGUGGUAUAAUUGAUUUGUAGUUCUGCAUGUGUUUUUCUUGAACUAACUUUUUAAUUUUUAACCUAAUGUUAAUUUCUGUUUUCUAUUUAUUCUUUAUCUGUGAUAUUUAUAUUUACGUAUGUUCAGUGCAGAUAGUUUUAUUUCUUGUUACUGGCAUCCAGUCUCCUUUUUUAUGUUUGGCAAAUGCAAUCAAUAACAAUUUAACAUAAAAUUCGUUAAAGGUUUAAGAAAGUGUAUCGCCGACUAAAAUUCCUGACCUUUUGAAAUUACGUGUAGAGUAAAUUUACAUCCAAAUGAUUCAUAAAUACUGUAGUGCUUACAGAGCAAUUAGAAUAGUAACUGCAUUGGAAGAUAAGUGGGAUAUGUAAAGGACAGCUCACUGAAGAUGAGCAAGUGAUGUAUUUAAUUUAUUGUUUUCAGACUUCAAAAAUACAAUGUGGUUUUGCAUAAUACGCUAAAUCGGUUUAACCUAUCAAGUCUCCGUCAUUACUGGUGGGUCGAGCUUCGAACCUUAGACUUUCUGACUAAAGGUUGAACACCUUGGCAAUUAGGCCACCGUAACACUAUCUAUUUCUCAGAUGUGAUUUUAAAUAUAAUGACGUCCUAAUAUCGAUAUAGAGGUGACCAGAAACCAAUAUGGCCACCAUUUAAAUCAAGAAUAUGAGAGCGUGAGGAUCAAACAACAUACCAGCUGAAGCAC